AAAAACAAUAAACGGGGGGUAUUGUGGUAUUGUGUUGUUCCCGUGCCUGCCAUGGCGGAAGGGUGGAUAAUCGCUCCGUGGUGACAAAUUUGUUUCCGUCGUACCCUCGGGCUUGCCUGCCGAUCAUUGGAUUUAGGAUUGGACCUGCUAUGCAUCUUCUAUAAUUAGGGUCAUGGAGGACCAGCUUCUCUCCCCCGGUAGCCAGACCGCCCAAUGGAACCACUCCUCGGGCCUUGUCAAGGGCCAGCCGAAGGUUUCCCAAGAAGUGGUUCCUGAAGAAAGCCCGCCCCCUUCACUGUCAUCCAUCUUUGAGACUGCGUUCGUCUCCACCGUGACACAGUCGUCGGCAGAAUUGCCUAAUGUUCCCGAGAUGCCCAUUGAAUGUGGCUCUCCCCUCUUUGCCUCUGCCGACGAAGAUGCCGACAGUGCAUCCGGUCGGCUAGACCACGGAAGUCUCCGUGGCAGCCGCUGUAACUAUCGCCGCGCCACCCCUCCGCCACCGGCAGUUCCCCCGUACUCUCCUUACUCUCCUCCUCCUCCUCCGCAGUUCUCCCCCUUCUCUGCGCCCAACCCUCACUCGCUCCUUUCCCUGAGCGACCUUCGCAUGGACGUGCGGCUAGCCCCGAGAAGCGGUAGUGCGACGGCUUUUUUGUCUGCCACCAACGUUGCCCCUCCGAGCCGGGACUGGCAUCCGGGCAGCAUCGUCACGCCGGGUAUCGUCUCGACCAGCGUCUACUCUUCGAGCGUGGUUUCGCCGGACGUCGCCCCGUCGUGUCUGGUGUCGGCGGGGGGCCUCGAGAGCGCCGAAGCACGCCACCGCAAACGCCUGCUCAGCGAGGGCGAGAGCAGCCACUGCAAGAAGGAGAAGCCACGCAAGAUGUACCCGCACGGUCCCUUCCCCGCUUCCACUUCGUCGCGCCAGCAUGCGGAGGCUCGCUGGCGCAGCUCCGAGAGCGAAGAAGGUGCAUCCAGUGGCAGGCACGGGGAGAGGCAUGGCGUCGAACAGAGAAGCAGCCGCACGACGCCAUCGCCCAGCACUGAAGCGACAGCCGGGGCAGGUCAGCAGGGGGGAGCUUAUGGAAGGGUCACGAAGGCGUCGUCCGAAAGUGACAGCGACGCCGACGUCAUUGUCACCCCACCGAGGCCCCGUUCUGCCCAUCAUUCCAGGCCACUGUCGCAGGAUGCUUGCAGCCAAGACCACAGCUAUUCAGAAAAUCGGCUCGCUAGGGAGCAUCGCAGCCACCGUAGGGGAUCAUCGAGAACUCAGCCGAGUACAUCCCGUGGUGCCGAGGGAGGCUCACCUGAGGCGGGGCAGCCGAACGACUGCAUCUGGCCUUCGGCUCCGGAUCUCCAGCUGGAUUGCCUAAUCAGCGAUGAUGAUGAUGACAGCAGCAGUGUGGAGCUUGUCAGUGUGGAGCUUCCCAGGAACUACCGCCGGCCAGUGUCGCGUCAACUUGGCAGUGGACACUCAUCCACUUCUGGUGCAAGCCACGGCAGCCCUUGUGAUCUGUCUCGUCACGCGCUGCGGCGGUCCCCGCUGUCGAGAGGACCGCAGGAGGAUACUUCGGCACAGCACACUUCUGCCGGCAACGGCCGUGGGCUGUCGCGUCAUGCCGCGGCAGCUGCGUUUGUGGACCUGACGCAGUCGGACGAAGAGAGUGGUGUAGCCGCAAACGGCAGUGCCAAUGACGGGGCUGGCCUGCCCAGGGGUGGACGAGGGUCGCCUGCUUCUCCAAGUCCCGCAAUGCACUUCGGGCACGUGAACCACCUGCACCAUUGCGGCGAUCGUCCCCUCCCUCCUGGCAGGGAGCCGUGCUUUGUCCGCGUGCACAGGGGCCCGCCUUCGUGCUCGCUGCCGCAAUCGGGGAGUAGCCGGCUACUCCCGAGCCACAUGCACGGCUACCCCGCGCAGUCGUACGGGGUCACCCCUCAGCCUCCCACUUCUUCCAGCCUGGUCUCCGGCUUUGCCAGCUGCCGGUUUCAUGGGAACGCUGCUCCUCCAGAGCCAUUGCACCAACACGUCCACUGCAAUGUUGAAAGUGGCGACUCCUGCGCACGCACCAUGGGUACUGCGGCACCCAGUGCUGACCCUUGCAGAACCUAUGCAAGCUGUAUUAGCCAUGGGGGGCCAUCCAACGUGGUGCUGGGUCACACUCAUGUUUACCCAGCAUCGGCAAGCUCCCACGUCACCUACCUGGCUCCGCCCAAUCCUCCUCCUCCUCCCCCGCCCCUGAAUGCGGGCCCUGGCCUGAACCUGGGGUUAGGACAGCCGAGCUCACCGUACCAGGCAUUCUCCACCAUGCCGUCUGCUGCCCACUACGAGAUUGCGCCUCCCUCCUCGGCCGCCGUGUUUGCCCGCAUGAACCCAUCGCACUCCAGGCUCUGGCAUAGCCAGCAGAGAAUGCAAGAGAUGCAGAGGCGGUGCAUGUACCAGCACUCCCUGUACAUGCAGAGGCAGCAAGAGGCGUUGGCCCUGCAGCGCAUGAUGGAAGCCCAGCGGGCAGCCGCGGGGCUGGCGGCAGGUGCCGCUGCCGCCGUCGCUGCAGCUGCAGCAGCCGCUGCCGUACCUCCUCCUCCUUCCGUGGGGCUGACCUCACCACCGGCACUGGACGGGAUCUUCGUGUGUGCGGAACGAGGGGCUUCCGGUCCCCUCGUGGCACAGGGCACGAGAGAUGCAGCAGCAGCACCCCCGGCUGGCCCCGAGGGCAUUGGUCGGGGAGUGGGCUCCUCUUCUUUGGAGAGUGGUGGUGGAUGCCAGGCAACCACAGCGACCCCACCUCCAGUCCAGGUGGCUAGAGAGGCGGUUGUGCUGGACCCCAACGUUCAGGCCGAAGUGGUCAUCGCAUCACCUACUGGUGCUGGGGAGGCAAGUGGGGGCCACGCCCACCUGCAUCACCACAUCCACCAGCACCACUACCACCACCCACCAACACCUCCGCAGUUGCACUCCUUCACGCCCCUGACACUGGCUCUGCCCCAUAAUGUGCAGCAGAGGUUCCCAGACCUGUAUGCCAUUUCAGCACUCUCCGAUAUUCCUCAGUACGUCUCACUGCCCCACUACAUGCCCCUGCUGUCAAGGCACGUUCAAGAAACCAUGAGGUUGUUUGAGCACCGUCGCAUGGUCGUGAACCGUGGAGCUUCGCAGAACACCAUUGAGCGGAACACGUUUCCUCACAAAUACAAAAAGAUUCCACGAAGUGGUGGUGACAGUGAGGACAACGUGGAGAAGUGCACCAUUUGUCUGAGUGAGUUUGAGGACAACGAAGAAGUCAGGCGUCUGCCAUGCAUGCACCUGUUCCACAUUGUGUGCGUGGACCAGUGGCUGACGACCAACAAGCGCUGUCCGAUCUGCCGCGUGGACAUCGAGGAACACCUCAAGGACUUUGGCACCUCCUCGUCAUGAUGCCGCGUCCAGUACAGAGCUGCAGCUGCAGCCACCGCACUCAUCUCAGUGGCCUUUCCUUCUGUGUGUCCAGCUGCGCUUUUUAUAUCUCAAAGAAUGAUGUUUUGUUUUGUUUGUUGACGCCUUUUUUUUUUCUGUCUCCCGGUACAGUGUCGAACUACUGUGCAGUAGUGACUCUGCUGACAAUGCUAGUCUGUUCUUCCAAUAAAACACGUUGCUAGGCUACAUGGCGCAUCAAUAAUUACUAAAAUUGCAGCGCAACAAAAGAUCAAAGGGCAGUGCACAUGUGCUUGUUGCCCUUGUCUUUUAGUCUUUUGCUAUGCCGCAAUUCUAGUAAUGAUGCUCUUCCAUAAGGGAUCUUUAUUGUCUCUUUAGUCUUAAGGAAGAAAGCCUCUGGGUGGGUUUGUUUGGCCAUGGAGCAAGAGCAUGGACAGGGCACACUUGUUUUUGUUUUGUACGUGCCAUUUUGCCUGAUGUACUGAAUGCUGCUUAAAUAAGGACUCCCGGUACGCACAGCACUCUUUCGGCAAAACCGUGGUCUCAUCUGCUGUCAUCUUUUCACUCGGCCAUGGGAUUUCAGAACUGGAAGCUGCUUGCUUGUUCCUAGUACUUCUACGUUGCUUUUAAUAAACAUUUAACGACAAAUGCGAACAGUAUCUGUGCUAGAAUGCUAAACACCAAUACGUAUGAAGUGUGAAAACAGCUGCUCAUUACUUGAAAACUAUUUCAUAUUCAAUUCAAUUUUGCCACUGCUCGAUUUCGUCUCAAAGAAUGACCUGCCGCAACCCAGCAAGUGUCCUGCUAAACUGUGUGCAGUUCAAUAUACCACUGUUGUGCGGAGUUUGAGAACAUAGUAAGGCAGAAAUUCAGCUAGAAGAGUGGUUUCUAGAACUGUUCUUAUUUACGCAGCACUACUAUGUACAUUUAGGAACUUGAUUGCCAAGUUUGUGUGGCUGUGGGUACGGCAUGGUUUCUCCAUUCUUAUAAUUCUCGUAGUGUGCAACUUUUCACGUGCAUGUUCGUUACGCACUUCAUUGCAUGGUUUCCGAGUAACUAGAAAGUCGAUCGCAAGGGGAUAGCCAUCGGAUUGGCAAGACUUUUAAAGAAAGAUUGCUGACCAUAGUAUCUGUAAUUGUUGUGUGCAGGCACAGGAAUUGCGCUGGUACAGUCUUUUUCUGUGUGUGAGCAUUGCAGUUCCCUUCUCAAAGUUGGACAGCACUUCUGUUUCGUUUGUGCUCUUCGUGUGAGCCGAAGUUGUGCCUGCAGACUAGGCUUAACUGCAAAUGCAUUCAAUCACAAAUUAAUCGCAGCAGCCAAUGUCGGUUCAGAUUCCAGGUGGAAUGUAGUGGCGCCCUGCUAUAUUCUUCCCUUUGUAGUGUUUAUUUUAAGCACAAAAGGUUUUGCUUCUUGCAGCAAAAAUGUACUUUCCACAGACCUAGGCAGGACUGGUUGGGAUGCCAGGAUCUAGCUGUUAACUAUGGAUAAUUAUUUAUGACGCAUGAACUGCUGAAUGCUACAGGAUUCAUACAGUCAUCCAAAGACGUUUUCUUUUUCAUGACGCUGUUUAGGAGUGACGUAUAUUCCAAACCUUCGCUUUCAUCGCUUUUCUGUUGCUACUACAUGUUUGAGUGUUUGUGUGUGGGGUUUAACGAAGCUGUUUCACAUGAUUUCCAAAAGCCAUUCUUGUUUGUGACCAGUGAUUGACAAUGUUCCGCAGUUUUUCUUGCUAUUUGACUUGUGUCUUGAUAAAAGCGCACCCAUUUAUCAAUUUCGCCUUUCGUUUUGUACUUCUGAAUUUAAUGAAGCCUUACGUAAGCUAUGUGUACAGGAGUGUUUGUGUUACUCUGCUGUUUUGUCUUAGUUGUCAGGUUAGGUCUCAUGCAUAUAGUCAAAAGAAAAGUUGAAAACGCUUGCCGCAUGUCUUUGUUGAUUGCUCAAAAAAUUUUUUAUGUGUGAGAGGCAUUCCGCUUGUCUUGUUGGGUGUAGCUCCAUGGGCUCUGUAGUUGCCAAAUUUGUUUUCGAAACCCAGAAAGUGUUGUUUGUUGUGUGCGAUGGUGCUGUUUAAGUUAGCAGAAUCGCCUGAUCUUUUAAAAACCCGGAAUAACCUCUAUACUGCAAAUUUUGACAUUUUCAAUGAUGGGGAGUAUAUAGUAUAACACUUACAUGGCAUCUUGCACAUUUCAUUACUUGGGAUACAUACAUAGGCACAGUAAGUCGUGUUUUGAUGUUGAAAGCUUGGAAUCCAUUUGUGUGGGUGGGUGGUAGGGAAUUCUAUUUUCGCAUUGACAGUGCUAAAAGAAUGGUCAAUCUAUUCAACAACAUGAAUAAUAUGUAUUUUGUUCUUAACCGGACCGAUAAACUAUUACAGUUUUUGUAAUUGUUUCUUUUAAACAAAACAAGACUGUUUUAAAUGUCUCCACGUCAUACACAUGUGGUCUGGCACUAGUUGUCGGCCCUUCUGAUAGUUGCAUUAGUAAUUGACUGGUGCUUGUGCAAAUGCAAAUCAUAGCACUGCUGGUGUUGUGAAACUGUAAAUUAACCUGCAAAAUCUUAAUAAUUUUACGGCAUUAUGAUGCACCACUAAGAUUUUCUGUUACAAAAUGUGCAUUCAGGUGUGCGAUUGGGAUCAAUAAAAGCAGUUUGAAAUGACAAUUGAAGGUAUAUUUUGCGUAAAUGGCUUGUAGCUUUAUUUAUGUUCGUUUAUUGUGGGUUUUUGGGCACGUAUCUUGUGGUACAUGGUGAUAAGCGUUUAGUUUGAGCUUCGUCUGUAUUGAAGAUGAAAACGUAGAAGAUGUGAGAUCUGGGCAGUGAACUUUACAGUUGAACAUCGCUAGAACAAAGUAUGAAAAAUACUUUUUUUUUAUAUCCUAUAUUUUUAUAACCAUGCACCCACAGACAGAUGAAAAUAUGCUGCAUUGAUCUAUGCAAAAGAAACGCAAGCGUGCUUUCCAACAGGCCAGCAAGACGUCCUUGCUAAUGACGUUGCUUCAACUUCAAGCAGGGAUACCCGCUCGUUUGUAGCUGCACAUUACAAUUAAAUUGAUGAAAACCUGCAUUAGGGCUAAUUGAAGCUGCGUUGAGGCUAGAUGGUUUAAUGAGAAAAUUCAUUAAAAUUAAUAAAUUGCCCUUGUGCAAUUGGAAAACUCUACCCUUGUGACGAGAAGACUCUUUGCAAGCUAGUAAACGCAAAAAGAAAAUACAGACUGUGCCACCACCUUGAAGUUGCUGCAGCAACUCUCCACCGAGACAUUGUUUUGACGAUGUCUGCCGAGGCCUACAUAUUUAUUUAUCGGUGAAAAUAGUAUGCGUUGUGAUUUAAAAAAUUUUGAGGAAAUUUCAUGGAGUGAAAGAAUGACCAAUGACAGUGACAUACAGGUGUAUGGGUUUUGGUGCAAAAUUCAUAAAUGAAACAUUGAUUUUCAGUUUCUCUUCUAAUUUAUUAUUAGAAGGAAAAAUGAAAAUCAAGGUUUCAUUUUUUAAUGUUGGAUCUGAAAUUUAAUGACAAUGGAAUUCUCGAAGAACAUCUUACCAUACUAGUCUAAACUGACUUCAUUGGCCAUGUAGUGGAUCAUGUGUGCCUCUGAAAUAUUUCUACGCGAUGCCUUAAGCUAACCUAACCGGAAAUUGAUUGCUACUCCAGUGCUCUCAUUACAGCGUAAAAUUUGGGGGUAAAAUAAAUUGUUUGUGCAUUGAAGAAGUGUUGAGUGAUUUGAUAGAAUGGUUUUUAACACUUUUCUUCCUUUUUUUUUUGCUCUAUGAGGUGCAGUGAUCUUGCUAGUAGUAUUCCUAUUUAGGCUCAUUCAGAUUUUUUUAUGGCUUUUCACUGACGUCAUGUGUGAUGCCAGUGCAUUUCCUAAAUGGCAUGAGUAGCCACACACUUUCGUUAGAAUGCUACCAGCCUGGUAUUCUUAUCACUAUUUGCAUUUUCGUGGCAGGCUGGAUGUUUACUGGCAAUUUUUUAUUAGUUUGUUUUCAUAUGACCUGUUGAAGUAAGCUUGAAAAAGGCGUUGCUUGUACUGAGGUAGACAAAUAAGAUAUGUUUAAUUGCUUUGCACGUUUCUUUUUAUGCUUCUUGGAAAAUGGCAAUUGUAUAUAUAUAACACCUUUAGUCAGGAAUAUUAUGCCCUUCCAUUUGACAAUUAAUAAUAAUAAUAUCUAGGGUUUAACGUCCCAAAACCACAAUAUGAUUGAGAGACGCCGUAGUGGAGGGCUCCGGAAAUUUAGACCACCUGGGGUUCUUUAACGUGCACUUAAAUCUAAGUACAUGGGCCUCAAACAUUUUCACCCCCAUUGAAAAUGCAGCCGCCGCGGCAGGGAUUCGAUCCCGCGACCUUCGGGUCAGCAGUCGAGCACCAUAACCACUGGACCACCAUGGCAGGGCUUCCAUUCAACUAUUCGAUUGAAUAUUAUGGGCUUCAGUUCUUUUUACAUUGUAGUCCGUUUCAAAUAUUUUGAGGCCUGUACACACUGUGUAGUUUUGCAAAUCAUUUAGCAAGUGUGCAAAGUAAAAGAAACACGCUCAUGUGAUGUUUAUUGCAUUUCAAUCGGGGGUAUUACUGUAGCCAUGAAAGAAGUUAAUUCAAUCCACAAUGUUAGUUUGUAGGUUCAUAUUUAGGUGAAGAGAGUCAUUUUGGUGAAAUGAGCAUGACAUGAAACAACCAAGAGUUGGACAGGAUUCCAUAAAUGCUUGUGAUGUCUUGUCAGUGUUUUGUGCUACCUUUAUUUGAUCAUCGAAACCGUACCAACUUACGCCCGAGUGUGAACCUUACUGAAAGUCUUUGUUUGACGCGCAGAUCUCAGAUGCAGUGCCAUUUGAAGGGAUUGUAUUUGUUUUUGGGGCAUCUUUUAGCCAAUAUGGUCUUUAUUUGAGAUUUUGACACCUGGCAGCAUUAAGUAAAGGUGGCAGCAGAAAAUAAUAUUGCUGCUAGAGUGCAUAGUCACUAAACUUAACCAUUGUGCUUUGCCAGUAUUGAAGAGCUUUUACUGUUUUCACUCGCUUUACUGUUGCUGUGUUGAUUACCUUUCUGCUUUAAGGGGGGACUUUGUUGUUUGUACUGCUAUGCCACAUAGCCAAGCCUUCCCAUUUCUUGUGUAUAUGAAUAAAUUAUUAAAAAAUGGAGCUAAUUCAACCUGGUAAGCACUAGUUCAUGGUGAUUUGUUAUUUUAAUCAAAUUUUUAGAAGUAGUAAACAAAGAUUCCUAAAAACUCGAGGGACACCUGAGCUUCACCUUCAAGAGUAGAACGUGAUAGUGUAAUCAGGCCCCGCGUGCAUCACCUUUUCAAUCACUAGCCUGGUUUAGCUUUUCGAUGGACACCUUAACCGUGCCGCUAGGAAGGAAACAUCUAUUCGCGUAAUAUUGGCAGUUUCAAACUAUCCUAGAGCGCCUACUGCAAGUACUGCUGCAAUGUGCCCACUAAGCCAUAAUUCUUCAUUUGCAAAUUUGUGAAGUACCCACUAUGCGUCCGUACAGCUACAUUGGACAUUUUGCUCUUGGAUAUUUUUUGCUGAACCCACGCAGUGCUGCCAUCUGUGGUGAACACAUCAAACCAGUUAACCAAACGCAACACCUCUAGAAUGUUGUCAUUUUUAUCAGCUGUACUCACCCAAACCGGUUAACUUCUGUUUUUAACAUUUCUUUUAAAACUGCUUGGUUUAUGGCCAAUCCUCCAGAGGAUGUGUACCACAAGUUCCAGUAUCUACAUCUACAUAUAAUGGUAGAACCAUGCAGGUGAUAUGCACAAUGCAAAAAGUUUAAGCUUUGAUAACGUUGGGAUGUCCUGGUGCAGUUAAAAACACUUGUGACAUAUUUCUGCUGGUAUAUCUGCACACUGUUACUUUCAUAGUGUUCUGUUACGCAAAGGCUUUUUUUUUUCUGUUGCAUCGAACAUUAGGCAGGCUCUGAAGUCUUGUGGACUUGGAUCAUGAGCUUGGCUGAAAAUGUAGGGCUACUAGCAUUUUGUGCAAUUUGGGAUUAUGUGGGCUGUGCCACGCUUUGUGGACUAGUACAAAUGUCGUAGACGACGAUGUAAGUACUGCGGCUAAAUGUUUUUUCUGAAGUCCCUUUAAUACUGUACAUCCUUGUGCAUUUUGUAUUUACAAUUUCUUGAAUUAUCGUCCCUAUUCUCCUACUAGUCUAUAACCAGUACUGGUUAACAAGCAGUACUGGUACUGCUUGUUGAAGACAGAAUUUAGUGCUUCUCGGUUAUUGCGGUUAUUUAAAGAGGCUUUGUACCAAGGCUUCUUAAUUGCUGUUACGUCCGAGGUCACCACUCAGUCCCUGGAAGACCACUCAACCUCAUAUUUAGGCAGAGUAUCAAUUGAAUGCCAACUGAAUAUCAAAAUAUAAAUGUGGACCAGAUGUUAAAUGAGCAUAAGCAAUGACCUGGUUGCUGUUGAGAAUGCUAAGUGUGGCUGAAUAGGUAGUGUAAUGUUUAGAGCAAAGAAGCAAGUCGGUACAAACGUGAGUUAAACACAGGGGAUGGCAACAAACAGUUAUUGAUAAAAUUAGAAAAGAAUUUGAAAAGCAUAGAAUGGGUCAGCCUGAUGCGCGAGAAGUGUAAUUUGGCAUCUCUGAAAGAAGCCUAUUACAAAAAACACAAGAGCAGACAUUUCGGCCAGUGAUGUUGUCUAAUUUUGCUUUGGCUAGCAAUGCCCCUUAAAGCUGAGACAAGGAUUAGUAUUUUCCAGCAGCUUUAAUCGUCCAGAACUGUAUUGGAUUACUGCUGUUUCUUAUGAUGGGUGUUGUCACCAAUGUGGUGGCUCUGAACGUUACAUUUCUAGCAGUACAAGUUAGAGGUAAAACUGAUAUUGGGUUUUGCUUAUUGCCACUGUGCUCCAGCAGUAAUGAUUGUUUCGGCUUGGUGCAGUGAUGUAGCGCCAUGGCUGAUGACUUAGGCCAUGCCUACUGGGCACGUCUCGCUCAAUCGUCUAUGCAGUUCCUGUUUUAUUAUUAUUUUUUCUCUCUGUUGACGUGCAAACUUAGCUGCGAGCUUGUGGGUUAGUGACAUUGCCCACGCUGUUUAGCGAACUUGUUCCUUCGACGUUUCGUUCAAGGCCGGAAUUCAGCAUGAGCGGGAAAAAGCGAACCGAAAUGUGGAUUUGGUGUUUUGACGUCUUGCAGUGUGCGUGACAGCGGCUAUUUUGUGAAAGAGGAGUUUGUACUCUGUGGGCUGUAUACAGGCCAGAUUUGCAGCAAUGCCAUAUGCUGCAUUUUUGAGAAGUCAUAUGCAAGGGACGCUUUGAUUUACUUAUUUUUUGCCAUUCAGUCGUCGGUUCUGGUGCGAUAGUACCUCUGGUUUAUAAAGCUUUGCCACUUUAGUUAGUCCUGUAUGAAGUCGGUACAUCAUUAGAAUGAUGCAUUGUGGGCUUGUUUUGCACCCAUGUACAUAUAUACAUGCCUUUUGAAGUGAGCAUCUCAAGCUUUGUUACCUUUGGGCAUGUUGCUACUCUCCAGAUGCAAGUUUAGGCUGUUCAUCUGGUGUGCUUUGGUGUAUAGACUCUUACCUUCAGAGUCUGUGCUGCCAUAAAUGACGUAAGCUGUAGUGAAACUUGUUGAUCAAGUUUGGCUUUUUUUUCUCUCGUUUGUUUUGAGCUGUUUGCACCUGCUUUGAACCAUGUGAAUGCAGUGCAAUGCAAAUCUUUGAUUCUGUAUUUAAAAGACUACAUCACCAGAUACCCACUCUGUACUUUUGAAUUGUGCAUUACCUGGAAGCGAUGCCUAUAGUUUUAAAUAAAAAGUUGUAUCUCAA